UUUUCUUUCUUCAAUGUUAUACUAGCUAGCAAGUAAGGUAUAGAUUGGAUCUACUAACAGGUUUUGGACACCAACUGAUGCAGGUGGAACCAACAGGUGGAGUUGCUUAGAAGAUGUAUAAAGAAAAUGGUGUAGUUCAUGAUGAUGAUGAUAUGCAUGACAUAGAGAGUGAAGGUUUUCUACAUUCAAAGGAGGGAGUGCAAAGGCAUGAAUCAGUGUUUUCCGAAAGGAAUGUGACAUACUCUGAACCACUUCUAUUGAAGAGGAGGAACACCACUUCCCAGGCUGCUAUAAUUGGUGCCAACCUUUGCCCUGUUGAAAGCCUUGACUACGAGAUUUUUGAGAAUGAGGUUUUUAAGCAAGACUGGAGGUCUAGGAAGAAGGUACAGAUAUUCCAGUAUCUGAUACUUAAGUGGGGAUUUGCUCUUCUUAUUGGAUUAGGUACUGGAAUUAUUGGCCUCUUCAAUAGUAUUUCAGUUGAGAACAUAGCAGGUUUCAAGCUGCUUAGGACUACCAGUCUCAUAUCUGAACACAGAUAUCUUGAAGCUUUUGUUGUAUAUGCCGGUAUCAAUGUGGUUUUAGCAGCAGCCGCUGGUGCACUUUGUGCUUUUAUUUCCCCAGCAGCAGCAGGCUCUGGUAUCCCAGAGGUAAAAGCAUAUCUGAAUGGUGUGGAUUCACACUCUAUACUGGCUCCGAGCACUCUUUUUGUAAAGAUUAUUGGUUCUAUCCUGGGAGUUUCUUCUGGAUUUGUGGUAGGCAAAGAAGGACCUAUGGUACAUACAGGUGCAUGCUUGGCUUCUUUGUUGGGGCAGGGUGGAUCUCGCAAGUAUGGCUUGACUUGGUCUUGGCUUAGAUAUUUCAAAAAUGACCGUGAUCGGCGAGACCUGAUAACUUGUGGUGCGGCUGCUGGUGUUGCUGCUGCCUUUCGUGCUCCAGUAGGUGGUGUCCUCUUUGCCCUUGAAGAGGCAGCUUCAUGGUGGCGGAGUGCUCUUCUGUGGAGAACAUUUUUCACAACAGCAGUGGUUGCUAUUUUUUUCAGAGUUGCAAUUCAGUUUUGCUCGACAGGAAAAUGCGGGUUAUUUGGGGAAGGUGGUCUGAUACUUUAUGAUGUCAAUUCAUUCACGGGAACAUAUAGCGCCAGUGACUUAGUAGCAACCAUACUAUUGGGAAUCAUUGGAGGCCUUCUUGGAAGUUUGUAUAACUACCUUGUUGAUAAGGUUGUUCGUACAUAUAGCAUCAUCAAUGAAAAAGGUGCAGUGUUCAAAAUCAUGCUUGUUGUUGCAAUUUCUCUUUUGACAUCAUGUUGUUAUUAUUUCCUACCAUGGAUUUCAACCUGUGCACCCUGCCCAACUGAUAAAACAGAAAUCUGUCCCUCGGUCAAUGAGUCUGGAGAAUACAAAAGGUUUCAGUGCAAACCAGGCUACUACAAUGAUCUUGCUUCACUCUUUCUAAACACCAAUGAUGAUGCUAUUCGUAAUCUCUACAGCUCGAGGUUAACCAAGGAGUUUCAUAUUUCCAGCUUGGGCAUCUACUUUGCCACUAUCUACUUUCUUGGGAUAGUCACUUAUGGCAUUGCUAUUCCAUCCGGGCUUUUCAUUCCAGUUAUCCUUGCCGGCGCUGCGUAUGGCCGGUUUAUAGGGACACUAUUCAAACCGAUCGCCACUCUUGACACGGGACUCUUUGCUCUCCUUGGAUCUGCAUCCCUCCUAGGUGGCACCAUGAGAAUGACAGUCUCAAUUUGUGUCAUAUUGCUUGAACUCACAAAUGAUCUCUUGUUACUCCCACUUGUGAUGAUAGUAUUACUAAUCUCAAAAACUGUGGGUGAUUCCUUCAACAAGGGUGUCUAUGACCAAAUACUGAAGAUCAAAGGGAUUCCUUAUUUGGAGGCUCAUGCAGAACCUUACAUGCAGAAUUUGGUUGCACGUGACGUCGUCUCUGGCCUACUAAUCACCUUUUCAGGUAUAGAAAAGGUGGGAAAUAUACUGCAUGCUCUGGAAAAUACAGGGCACAAUGGUUUUCCUGUCAUCAAUGAACCGCCUUUCACGGAUACACCGGAGCUCUGUGGACUUGUGCUGAGGUCCCAUUUGCUAGUGUUGCUGAAGGCGAAGAUUUUUUCGAAGGAAAGGGUGCUUGUGAGCCAUGACACCUUCCAAAGAAUUUCUGCAUUGGAUUUCGGAAAGCCGGGACUAGGGAAGGGUGUAAAACUAGAAGAUCUAGAUAUCACGGAGGAAGAGCAGGAUAUGUAUGUGGACUUGCAUCCUAUCAGUAAUGCAUCACCAUACACAGUGCUUGAGACAAUGUCACUUGCCAAAGCUGCUGUUCUUUUCCGCACACUCGGACUCAGGCACAUGUGUCUUGUUCCGAAGAGCCAACUGAGACCACCAGUUGUUGGGAUUCUAACUCGCCAUGAUUUUAUGCCGGAGCAUGUUUUGGGACUUCAUUCUAACAUGAAUCCUCAUUAAGGGACGGAAUGACCCCAGUGAAAUGAGGUUCUCGCUUUUACAUUAAGCUGCUGUAGACAUUAUUAGAUCAUUAACUUAAGUUGGUAAAUUUGGAUCAAUUUUAGCAAAUAUGUUAAUAUUAAAUAAAAUUGUCUUGUUCAUGCUGCUUGUAGAUAUUUUGAUAAAAAAUGUACCAAUGAUCAGUCUUCCUGAUGUAUUGUUAAUUAUACAUCAGAAUUGAAUACUUAAGAAGAUAACUAAAGGGUCAUUAGGCCUUAAUCACCAAGUGUAAUAGCCAAGAAACAUGUUAAUUAAGGUUAAAUAGCUCAUAAUAUCUACUUAGUAGGGUCAAAUUCUGAAGGGAUGCAAUGAAAAACACAGCAGUGGUGGUGUCGCAACGGCUGGUGUCGACAACUAGCUUUGUAGUGUAGGGAUCCAGCACUGCCCUUUCGUCCGAUUGGGUCAAUGCAUGGCAAUGCCUACGGCCUACCUAUUGGCGAUAAGCAGGCAAGGCAUCCUUUGACUCUCAAAUUGUAUCUUGGGAAGCAAGGGACAAAAUUGUGAUAUGAUAAGAUUUUUUGUUUCCUGGUUCUCUGUGUUGUGUUGGUUCCUACAUGGAAGAAGAUUGCUUUCCAUUCUAUCAUGGGUGAAGAACAUGAAGGAGGAGGAAAACACAUGAAAGAGGGUCAAUGGUGUGGUAACAAAGACUAGAACCAAAAACUUUUCUCAAUUUUUGUUGUUGAUAAGAGAUUACAUAUGACACUAAUAGAGAGAAUUUUGAGAUGAUUCGUUCCUAAAUCAAGAAAACAACACUAUAUGAAAAAGUUUAAGGCAACUACUCAAAUGAAGAUGCUAAAAACAUCUUUUUAUGAAGAUUCUUGUGUUAAAAGUGUACUUUGUUUGUUUAGCCACACUUUAAAAAAAAUAACAC